AUGUGGUCGCUCUACUGUAUUGAACAUUACCGCGCAACGCCAUUCUCCGCCAGAACAGACCGGUCGGAAAUGCAGGGCGUCAGGCAGAGGCGAAAGACGGAGGUGCUGCUCCAUACAUACUCUACGUCGACCGCAGCGCCAGAUAAGGAACUCACGAGACAAACACUGCCGAUGCUCCUAAAAAUCCGAAUCAAGAUCUUGAGACGGACAUCUCCUCUUGAUCAGCGACCUUCAGUUAAACUUAGAAUACUGGUCUUCCCAGACCGCGUAGUUCCGAAGUGCUGGGUCUCACAAUAUCUUCCGUUUUCCUUGCUCGCAGUCUGGACUCGAUUCUCAAUCGAGGAAGAAAAGGCAGAUUUCUCAUGCGGUGCAUUUGCCCUGGAAGGGCAGAACAAGACCCAAGCUCCUUUGCUCGUACCAAGAAUGGAAGAAUCUGAAGUAGAAUAUCGUGAGUCUUGGGUUCGGCAAAAGCCUUUCGUAAAGUAUGUCGCAACAUCAGAGACGGUAGACCAUGCGUUGGGUAUCCGCACGCCAGGCUUGAUGAGAUUCCUAAACUCAACGAUGAUUUCUUUCCAAUUCCGGGAGGAUCCAUACUUUUGUUUCGCCAUCGCUCCGGUAUAUAACUAUGAUAGCAAGCUGCACCUCACUGAUCGUGAAGGACGAAAUCCGAGCGCAGAAAUGAUUCCCAAUAUGGAGCACGAGAGAGCAUCAGAAGAGCUUUUGUUGAAAGCCACGUCAUUCGACAGGAAGGUCGAUUCAUUUACAGGAUCGCGAGAUGAGGAAGAUCAGUGGGAGGGCGAGGGCCAAUUGUCACCUACCACUACCCGCUCUUCUUCCAGGUCUAGAAUGAGCAGCUUCGCCAAGACAUCAACCGCGGCAUUCAGCAGGCUUCUGAAGAAGUCGCAAAGAGUAGUACUCACGUGGAGAGCCAACGUUGCUCCAAAGAAGAGGCUGAACUUUGCCAAACAUGAUUUUUUCCUUCCAAAGCUCGAUUUCGUUGUACGCGUACUUUUCCAGGACAGGGCUUCCAGAAAUAUCUCUACGCUUUCUAGCGGCCUCCCAACUUCGGAAACGAAUUCAUCGCCAAGCACCCAGACGGAUGAGGUCGUGCACAGCAAUAAUGGCCCUUUUCUUGCAGAUCCAGGACGCAGACCCGAGAAGGUGGCUUGGCUCAUAGUGUCUAUUGCUUGGUCAGUCCGCGCUGUAUAUCAAGCAGAAAUGAGAACCAUACCUGAAUCAAGCAGCUUGCACAAGGCGAUAAAAAAGUGGAGGAUGCAAGAGUGUUGGAGGAAACACCGGGACCGGGAUGCGGAUCUUGGCGCGAGGGUUGGGAAGGAAAGGCCAGCGAGAAGGUUCUCAGCGAUCAAGCAGAAUGAAAGAUCUGAACUCCAGAAAGCGGCGUAG